UUUGGUUUUUGAAAAAUGGCUUCAGCUCUGUUACUGGUGGUGGUGUUUGUGUUUGAUCUGGUUGCUUUUGCUUGUGCUGUUGCUGCUGAGCAGAGGAGGAACACUGCAGAGGUCAUCACACAAGAAGAUUAUAAGUACUGUAAAUAUGAUUCAGAUGUUGCAACUGGAUUAGGUGCUGGUGCGUUCGUGGCCCUUAUGGCUAGUCAAAUCCUAAUAAUGGUGGCAAGUAGAUGUUUGUGCUGUGGAAAGGCCAUGAGACCAAGUGGGUCUAGAACCUGGGCAAUUGUUCUAUUUAUCACCUGCUGGGUAUUCUUUUUCAUUGCUGAGGUCUGCUUGUUAGCGGGUUCUGUUCGGAAUGCCUACCACACCAAGUACUACUUGUCAUCAGACCCUAACCUAUCAUGCCGGCAACUGAGAAAGGGUGUCUUUGGGGCUGGAGCUGCAUUUGUUGUCCUUACAGGCAUAGUAUCUGAGCUUUACUAUGUAUCCUAUUCAAGGGCAAAUGACGGUCAGUCUUCAUAUAACAGAGACACUGGUGUGAGGAUGGGGAACCUAUGACUCAGUUCAGUUGGAGCGAGAGACAAGAAAUAUUUCUAGCAUGGAACUUGUAUAUCAUGAAUGUGGACAUUUAACAGUUAACAUAGACACAUUAAGGUGUUUGAUUGUCUA